ACCACCCGUGACUCACGUCUUCUUAUCCAUUCGAUGCUUAUCCGUAUUCCUAUCCAACCGGCCGCGUCUUCCUCCCCAUCCACCCGCAGCCAGGAGGCGAGCUCAUCGCCAUGGCCGUCGGCGACUCGAUGCGCCUCCUGUGGAUCGACGACGCGGGAUGCAUCCCUCUCCAUGGCCGUUCGCAGCCACGGGCACACUCGUCGCCUUGUCCGCCUCCGCCAACAGCUGGAUGUGCGCCCUCUCCAUGGCCGCCACAGCCAGGGUGCGCCAGUCGCCAUGGCCAAGCUGCAACCGGCCACGGCGGCGGCGAGUUCGUGCUGGAACCGAGGGGGUUUGCUGGAACCAGGUCGAUGACUUGCCGGAGGAAGCUACAUCCAGCGGCGAAGAGUGCUGCAUCCAACACCGUUCGAUGUCGGGAGCUGCAACCGUGCACGUUGGAGCUGCAAUUGGCUACUGGAGGAGCUGCAAGAGGGGAGGCCAUUUUUGCGAAUGUGUUUUCUUUUUGCCGAACCAAUUUUGUUUUUGCUGGAACCGAUGUAUUUUUUUGCUGGAACCGAGAUAUUUUUUUUUUGCUUCAACGACUGCAGAGCUCUCAAAUGCUCAUGUCGUUUUUGCUGGAACCUAAGUUUGAUUGUGUUGGAAGGAUUUUUGAUUUUGCUUCAACCGACCACCGGACUUUGAUCCGUGGAGAAGAUUUUUGCUGGAAGAAUUUUGCUGCUUCCGAUUUUUGCUGCUUGGCACUCUGACCCCCCGCGAGCCAGAGACGAAGAGAUGCUACAACUAGACACCCGAGCGCUGUCAUUACUGGAAGCUAAAAUCUAGCAAAUUGUUCUGCUAUCACCAUGUUUUUUUAACUGAAAGGAGCUCCAAUUUUUUGCUUCCACCAUGUUCUGUUUUUGUUGGAUCCAGCUGUAUUUUUGUUUCCACCAUGACGACGACCGGCAGCGACACAGCCACCGCCGCCCGGCAGUGACGACGGUGCCCGGCGACCAGUGGGGAGGGCGGCAACAGGCGAGUGCUCCAGGCGGUGCUUCAAGGCGGCGCAUAGCUCAUCCAUGGAGGCGGGAUGGAUUUUUUUUCUAAAAGAAGAUGCCUAACGAAAGAAGACGAGGAAAUCGUACGGCUAUGCAUUAUUCUAUCGGACGAUGCUGGUACGACCGGCCCAAAAUUGGACCGGUGCGCCGGCGCCUAGUACCGCCCAUAAAACAUGCACACACCUGUUCUCGUGAUUGUG